AUGGACCUCGAUCCAAAUGAAGCCGGUUACCGACUAUAUUUAGCUGCUUGCGAAGAUAUGCACAACGUGACUAGAGAACCUGAUCCCAAUGAUCUUCUUCAUGUGUGGUUCGAAAAGCACCAAGAUUUCCGCCGCCAAUGGCGCCUAACUCGACUGAAUCCAUUGCCUGGCCGUACUGAAAUUGAACGCAUCAAUAACUGGUUCAAGACGCGACCGGAAAUUUUCUUGGAAUUUCGUAAAGAAGUUUUGCUACACCCCGGAGCGAAUAUUCCAAUACCGUACGAUUUCGGCGAAUUAGUCGCGAUCGAAGCUAUUUACGGAGGUCGAAUUGAGAUUGAUGUGAAAGUAUUGAUGGAAAUGUCCGAUGCAGCUUUAUUAUGUCGAAUGGAGAUUGGCUUUGAGGCUCUGAUGCUCCUGCAGAUGUUAUUGAUACUGAGUCUCACUGGUAUAUGA